AUGGAGACCAUCGUUUCCGCGGUCACGAGUGACCUCCUGAGCAGAGCCCUGUCUGUGGUGAUCCAGAGGUCCAAGCGGCCCAAGGCAGAAGAAGCUGAGCACAAGCUCCAGCGGCUGCAGCGCGUGCUGCUCCGGGCCGACGCCAUGGUGAAGGAGGCCGAGGGGCGGCACAUCGGCAACCAGGCGAUGCUUCGGCAGCUCGAGAUGCUCAGGCAAGCCAUGUACAGGGGCCACUACAUGCUCGACACCGUCAAGUGCAGAGGUCAAGAAGGCGAUGGCGAGGUGAGCAGUGGCCUCCCUGUUACCUUGCCUAGAUUCAGUUCAGCCAGGCAUCGUCUCCCCUCCUUCCCCAUCACCAGCAGCAAGAAGAACAUGCAGAACACCAUGCCCAACACUGAAAGCCUGAACAAGCUGGAGAAGAUGCUGAAUGGCCUCGAGACACUGAUGGGCGACAUGGUGGAGUUCACCGUGUUCUUGGAGGGAUACCCUCGCAUCCCCCGGCAGCCGUACAGCACAUACUUGAUCCUUGACAAGGUGAUGUUCGGCAGGCAGAUGGAGAAGGAGACGAUCAUCAACUUCUUGCUUCGGACAGGAGUCGCCGCCUGUGACGAGAGCCCCAAAGUUCUUCCAAUCGUGGGCGCGGCGUGGGUCGGGAAGACCACGCUGAUCGAGCAUCUUUGCCUUGAUGAGAGGGUGCGCGAGCACUUCUCGUCAAUUGUCUUCUUCACCGAAGACGACCUCGGUGCCCAAGGCAUGGCUUCUCCUCUACCACCGAACAUCGGUGUGAUCAAGCAUCAAGAUCUUACUGCUACCUCAUACGGGAGGUCACUUUCUGUCAUCGAGCUAGCUGGGGACAUGGAUGAGGAGACAUGGAGCAGGCUGUACUCCUCGGCGGCAAGCAGCAUGGCGCAUGGGAGCAAGAUCAUUGUCGCAAGCAGAUCAGAGAAGAUAUCUGGUCUCGGAACGACGCAGGAGGCUCUCAGGCUAAGGCAUCUGCCUCGAGACGCGUACUGGUACUUCUUCAGAACACUCGUGUUCGGGAGCGCGAACCAUGAGGAUCAGCCAAAGCUUGCAUCCCUAGCCAUGGAGAUCGCGGCGCUGACCAACGGUACCUUCUUGGGAGCAAACAUAAUGGCAAGCAUGAUGAGAGCCAACCUGAAUGCUCGCUUCUGGAGCAGGCUGCUUCAGUGCCUGAGAGAUUACACGAGCAGGCACCUACUGAUGUUUGGUGAGCAUCCUGCAGAUCUGAUUCAGAAAGGCCGGUCUGUGUACGCAUGCAGGAUGACCCAGCAGAGCCAGAUUUCCAUUUUGGUCGACAACAUUUAUCAGAAGGGACCUUAUCAGAAAUGCUCUACCCAGAAUGAUGUCUCCAAGCUAACAGCACAGGAUAUUAUAACAGGAUGUGUUACGCAUGAGGGGAAGUUCACUGCACUGACAUGGAGGUCUACAAUACCUCCCUACUACACCUACUUCGUCAACUGUGAAUCACAGAAGGCUGGAUGCUCAACAAUCGGCAAGAAACGCCCUCGGCAGGCGAGAUUUUAA